AUGCCGAAGAAAAAGGGAGGCUCCGAGAGCCUGGGCUCGUCUUUAAUCCGCCAUAGAUUCAACCGCGGUUCGGAGUUUCAGCACGCCGACGAGGGCCGACGCCACGUCAUCGCCGCGGCGGAAGCGGCGGCGAAGCCGGCGCUGGUGUCGGUGGUGGAUCAGAACGACCUGGAGGAGCUGCUGACGACUGCUGAGCUGGCAGGGCGGGAGUUCGCCGCCCAAAGAGGCAACGCUGAGAUAAUCUACCUAGAUGGUCAUGACGUGGGAGCUGCAGGCGGGAAAGGCGGAAGCAGCAGCGAGCGCAGGGAGCAGGAGGAACUUCACAGGAAGCUUCUUACCAUCCCAAGACGGCCCAAGUGGAGCGCAAGCAUGACGUCAGCAGAAUUGGACGCUAGUGAGAAGGCGGCUUUCCUGGAAUGGAGGCGAUCGCUCUCCGCGGUGGAGGAGAACAACCACCUGGUGGUAACCCCAUUCGAGAAGAACCUUGACAUCUGGCGACAGCUGUGGCGAGUGCUGGAGAGAAGCCACCUGGUGGUAACCGUGGUGGACAGCCGAGAUCCGCUCUUCUACCGCUGCUCUGACCUCGAAGCGUACGUGCACGAGCUGGGAGCAGGGCCUAAUCACAGCAACGAGAGCAGCAGCAACAACCUGCGCACCAGCAACUCGAAAGACGAGAGCAAUAAGGAUUUGGCAGACGGGAGCAGCAGCAGCAGCAGGGAGGGAGGGGAGGGUUCGCUGAGCCGGACUCUGCUGCUGCUGAACAAGGCGGAUCUUCUGCCUUCUGGUGUGCAGCGGCUGUGGGCUGAGUGGCUGAAAGGACAGGGCGUUGAGUUCGCCUUCUGGUCUGCUAAGGCUGCUGCUGAAGGGGUGGAUGGGGAGGAGGAGGGACAGGAGGAGGAGGAGGGGGAGGAGGGAGAGGAGGAGGAGGAGGAGGAGGAGGAUGAGAGUGAGGGUGAGUGGGAGGAGGCGGACGGGGAGGAGGAUGAGGAAGAGGGCGAGGAGGAGGAGGAAAGUGGGGAAGCAGGUAUGGCUCUGGAAGAGGCCCAGCAGGCCGCCGCUGCUGCUGCUGCUGCGGGUGGUUCUCUUGGUGAUGCUGACUAUAACGAGGGUGGGGAAAGCAGGGGAAGCGGCAGCACCACUGCUGGUGGUGCUGCUAGUGCAGGCCAGGCAGGUGGAGGGGGGAGGAGGCAGCAGCAGCCGGCAAAGGCAGAGCAUAAGAAGCAGAAGAAGCAGGCGAGGAGCAAGAAGAGGGAGUGGAGGGUGGGCCGGGGGGGAGGGGAUGGGGAGGAGGGGGCAGUGAUUACGGUGAGAGGGGUGGUCAAGCCGUUGAGCCAUGGGGCUGUCAAGCCUGGGAUGGUGCUGCCGGGUGUCAAACACUUGGUGCAGUGA